AUGGUCGAUUACUGUAUGCUCGUCGACUGCCCAGUCCUCCUUCCAGACGAACCCUCGUUAGACGAUGCCAUCAGGAGGACGCGAAACCUGUCGGGGCGUGACACGCUCAACCACACACCCUCCUUUCUCCUCCGUGACAAGCCAAUAUCCCUCAGCAUUGAGUGUAAGAAACGCGAUAGAGGGCUCGACAAUGCCGAUUUGCAAAUCAGCUCGUGGCAUGCCGCGCAGUGGAGAUACCUUUUGAUGCUGUGCAGGAAGACAGGGGCCGAUGUCUCUGGUCUUCCGUUCCUGCCCGGGCUCAUAGUCUCGGGUGCGGAAUGGUACUUUGUGGCGACCACUCGCGCUGGCAACAAGACGACUUUGUGGACCAGGCGGUGCAUCGGCGCAACCACUAAUGUCGUUGGCACGUACCAGAUCAUUAGGACUAUCCAGUACUUUUCGUGGUGGACGCAGACGGUAUAUUGGCCGUGGUUUCAGGAAAAGGUGCUGGGUCUUGUGGAAGCUGAUGACGAGGGUUGA